UUAUAUUAUUAGCCUACUCGUGUUUCUCUUGAUUUGUUUUUUAUUGACGACUUGAGGGAAUACGUUGAUUUUGUAGAUUUUUAUCCACUAAUGGAAGAUAAUAAGCAGCGAAGCAGAUUCAGAAAAAUUUGUGUCUUUUGCGGAAGCCACUCUGGUCACCGAGAAGUUUUCAGUGAUGCUGCCAUCGAACUCGGCAAUGAACUCGUGAAGAGGAAGAUAGACUUGGUUUAUGGAGGAGGAAGUGUUGGAUUGAUGGGUUUGAUCUCCAGGAGAGUCUAUGAAGGUGGUUUCCAUGUACUCGGGAUCAUUCCCAAAGCUUUGAUGCCAAUUGAGAUAUCUGGUGAGACUGUGGGAGAUGUAAGAGUUGUUGCAGACAUGCAUGAGCGAAAGGCUGCAAUGGCACAGGAAGCUGAGGCCUUCAUUGCACUCCCUGGAGGUUAUGGAACAAUGGAGGAGCUGUUGGAGAUGAUAACAUGGUCACAACUUGGUAUCCAUAAGAAGACGGUUGGUCUACUGAAUGUUGACGGAUACUAUAACAAUUUGCUUGCUUUAUUUGACACCGGUGUCGAAGAAGGUUUUAUCAAGCCAGGUGCACGUAACAUUGUGGUUUCUGCUCCAACAGCCAAAGAGCUUAUGGAGAAGAUGGAGGAAUAUACUCCUUCACACAAGCAUGUUGCAUCGCACGAAAGCUGGAAAGUUGAAGAACUCGGAGAUUACCCGGGACAACAAAACAAGCCGCAAUAAAAAAAACUAUUAAUGUUAGCAUAAGCUACUUCCAUUUCAAGUUUAGUCUCUAAAUUAUUUGCAGAAUCCACAAUGUGUAUAAGAAAACUCAAAUCUUGUUGCAAUAUGAAACAGCACAUUGGGUUCCCAAAAUGAAAGUGUUGCUGAUUAUGUAGUUAAGUUUGGUAUUUUGGGUAAAGAACCAAAAAAAACGAAAAAGACUUCACC